GUACUCAUUGACUUGGAAUAGAAUAAUAAUCACCUCCCAUCCAACUACAAAGCUUAUCUUCCAACUCCCCAAAACCUUCCGGAUUCUGCAGAGAAAAAAUGACCAGAACACAUCCACAAAAUUUGCUAUUCCUUUCGUUAUUCAUCAUCCCUUUGUUUACACAGCUUUUCCAAACUUCAAACGGCGACGUUGGCACUGCUGCUCAGUAUUCUCCCCCAUAUCUACCCACGGACUGUUAUGGAAGCGACUCGUCGCAGUUUCCGUCGAGUAAUUUGUUUGCGGCGGCCGGAGAUGGAAUAUGGGACAAUGGAGCUUCGUGUGGGAGGCAGUACUUGGUGAGAUGCAUUAGCGCGGCCGUAACGGGGACGUGUAUUCCGGACACGACGAUUCAGAUAAGAAUUGUGGACUAUGCUGCCGGCGUUGCUUCGAAGCCAUCGGCGGAUGGCACCACCAUGGUGUUGUCUCAGACGGCUUUCGCUGCUAUUGCCAACUCAACGGCUACUUCCAUCAACAUUGAAUUUCAACAGGUGUGAUUUGGGUUUAGAUUAGGGCUGUCAAUUCCGAUACGACCCGAUAACACGACUCGAAACCCGCACGAAAUAAAGCGGGUUGAAUCCGCACGAUUAAAAAGCGGGUCAGCCGUGGGUCAACCCGCCAUGACCCAUUUAAUAAAUGGGUCGGCCACGGGUCAACCCGCCAACACGAAGUGAACCCGUAUAACCAAAUUAUGUUGUACUUCUUCUUGAAAUUUUGAACGUUGGGAGUAUUUGAUCAUAUGAUUAAACAAUUUGAAAUAUUUUGCUUUAUAAUUAUUGGAUUUAAUUAUUUAUGAAUUAUAUAUAAUUAUUUAUAUUUUUCGUC